AUGGAAGAUAGCGGGCUGGAACAGCUCCCCAAAGAGCUGGUGCGAGAGGUGCUAGCACGCCUGAGCGGAGCGCGAGACCUUGCCUCAGUGGCGUGCAGCACCCGCAGGCUGACUGGCCUGGUUGAGGACAAGCUGUGGGGCGUGCUGGUGAUGGGACGGCUGGCGCGGCUGGCAGGACUGCUGGAUAGCUCGCCCGCCCCGCCUGAGUGGUGGGUGGGGCGCAGCUGGCGAGAGCGGUUGUCAGCCCUGGUGGCAGGGCUGCCCUUUGAAGCCCAGGUGUUCAACAGAGAGCUAGAGAACGAGCAGGAAGACUUCCUGCUCAGCAGCUACGAUGCCACCUGCAGCCUGACACCCGCCACCGCCCGCGGCCUGCUGCGUGGCGACGCCGCCCAGCCCAUGCGCUUCACCGCGCGCUACCUGUGCAUGGGGCAGAUGCCGGCGGUGGUGGAGGCGGAAGUGGCGCAGGAGCGGCUGCGCCUGGCGCCCGCAGGCAGCAGCCCAUUUGCGGUGUUUGGCGGCGGGAGCACGUCGUCGGCGGGGCUGUGCAUCGGGGAGGAGGUGGAGGUGCAGUGGAAGGGGCGCCGCUCGCACCCCUUUGGCUGGUGGUUUGGCACGGUGCAGAGCGUGCGCGGCAACCGCAUCACGCUGGUGUUUAGGCAGUACCCCCGCACAAGCGUGUGGCACCGCGUCAAGGCCCCCAUCAAGCCCGGCAAGGAGGCGGUGGUGAAUGGGGACUGCAGCUUCGGGUAUGUCGGCGGCCUGCGGCGGCUGACCGGCGGGGAGCGGGAGGAGUGGCGGCGGCACGGCGCGCCGCACCCGCCCGCGCCAGAGCAGCUGGCGGCGCUGGAGGCGGCGGCUGAGGAUGAGUGGAGCGAUGAGGACGAGGAUUUGGACAUAGAUGCUGAGCUGGCGGCCGAGAUGGAGGAGGAGUUGGAGGAGCUGCCCGCCGCGCCGCACGCUGCCGACGGCCAUGGCGCCGCCGGUGCGGCUCAGGCGGCGGGCGCCGGCGUUGAAGCCAUGGAUGUGGUGGCUGCGGAGGAGGCGGCGCCUGGCCCCGCGGCGCCGCCCGGACAGCCCAUCGCGCUGCAGCUGGGGCAGCCCGCGGGUGUGGCAGGAGCCGCCAACGGGGCAGGGCUGCCGGUUGUGCUUGCGGGGGGGCUGCCCGAAGCGGCGCCGCACCAGCCCUGA